AUGAGCUCCUCACAAUAUCCACUCCGCCAGUCUGGCAUUUAUCGCAACCUCCCCACCUUUGACCCCUCGUUGAAAGACCUGAGAGCCUUGGUGCUCGGUGCGACUGGCAUAUCAGGAUUCCACACGAUCAGGGCGUUGCUAGACUCCCCUCGCCGCUGGUCCAGAGUUUAUGCAGUGUCACGCAGUCCAUUAUCGAAGAAGCUGCUUUCCCUGCUCACCGAAGAGCAACGGUCUCGCAUCAAGCAUGUCUCCGUCGACAUGACAUCUCCUGCGCAUGAUAUCGCUCAGGCUUUUCGUGACGCUAAUGUCAUGGCUGAAUACGUCUUCUACUACGCGUACUUGCCACCCCAGAGCGGACAUUCGGCGAUGGAUCCUAAAACGGCGGAGGAGCUUGUCCAGGUCAACGUGCCACCAUUUAAGAACUUCCUUGGCUCCCUACCAAUUGCUGGUAUCAGACCGAAGCGCAUACUUUUGCAGACUGGCGGGAAGAACUACGGUGUGCACAUUGGUCGAGUGCGCACAUCGAUUGUCGAGUCUGACCCUCAACCGAGGCAUCUCGCUCCGAAUUUCUACUACCCCCAAGAAGACAUGCUCCGCACCUUUUGUAACGAGCAUCCCGAAACGGACUGGAACAUGAUCCGCCCCUUCGCAGUUAUCGGUGCGACCGAACAUGCAUCCAUGAACACAUUUUUCAGUUUUGGCGUCUACGCUGCCAUCCAGGCACUAAAGGGCGAGCCACUGAGGUUUGGAGCUGACUUCCAAUCAUGGCAAUUUGAAGCCAGCCAUUCUACUGCCAGGUUGACAGGGUAUUUGAGCGAGUGGGUGGUACUGGAAGAGAAGUGUGCAAACCAGUCAUUCAAUGCUCAAGACGGCGGUCUCCUUAGUUGGGACCGCUUCUUCCACGAGUUAGCACGCUGGUAUGGGGUCUCCGAGGUUCAAGGCCCCGAACUCGAUGAGAAAAAACUUCAAACAACGACCAUGGCAGGCGCCGAGGAUUGUCCUCUGGGCUAUGGACCGCCCUUGGUCAUCAGAAACAGCUUCACGCUCGCACAGUGGGCGGCCGAUCCAUCGAAAAAGAAAGCGUGGGAAGAGAUCAUGUCCAAAUCGAAUGGACAGCUGACCAAGAACCCGUGGGACGGCGAUCUGAAGGAUUUCUUCAUGGGAGAUUUUGCGUACUUAGCUUUCGGAACCGCAUCAACGAAUAAGUCUAAGCGAUACGGCUUCUGCGGAUUUGUCGACACACUUGAGAGUAUUUUUGAGAUGUUUCAAGAGAUGGAGAGACUCGGUAUAUUGCCACAGAUGAAGGUGGAUGCUGCUCAGCCACAAGUAUAA